AUGUGGCUCGCUGACGAGAGGUAUUGGCAGCACACUAUCGACGCUGCAGAGGCCGCCGUGAAAGGCGAAAAAAUUCCGCUCUUGUUCAUCCUCGUCAGCAAGUGUGCGGCGGAUGACUAUGCGGCCAACUUCCUUCGCGACGAAAGGGGCAACGAGCGGCCGCAUCGCAAAACCCUCAACGAGAUUCGCGCUGAGCUUGAGCUGCUGCACCGAGAUCGUCAUAUCAUCUUGAUUGACGUACCGGCGAGGCUAUUCGGCUGCUCGCGGAUGAAGCCCACCUCGACCGGGUACCCGGGAUGCGAGAGCUGCACGGACGCGGGGCUGACGACACUCGAUCACAUGCUGAGAGUAGUCAUGACGACCGCGGUGUCGUGCGGAAUCGCGGUUGGUGGCAUAGCCACAAUAUGCGCUGAUGUCAGAGAGGACUGGUUGAAUAAACUAGUCAACGGGACCGGUGCGACUACACCGCCUUCGCUUCUUGACGAUGCCGUCGCCGAAUACGAGCUGAAGCGAAUGAAAUGGACGGAUGUGGUGUCUGGAAAUGUCUCAGUGGGGCGAGGGCUCCACUACGUCUUCAUGCACAUCGUGGGUUACCCUGAGGCUGCCAAGAUGUGCAAGAAACUCACGGCGUACGCGCUCGGAGUUUUCAAAGACGACCGGGACCUCGUCAUCGGCAGGGAGGAUGCAAAGGUUCUCGUGAACCUCGCGUUUAUGCUGCACAAUUUUGUGGGCGCGAAGGCGAGGCGCGAUUUCAUCAACAUAUUGAUCGACGCGAAGCUCAAGCUAGAUGUGUCGAAGCAGCAGGACUACAGAAGCGAAAUGUCCUCCAACCUCGUCAACAUUAAUGUUCCCGACGACAUGAUAAUCGACCUGACCUCUGAUCAAGAGGAGGAGCAGAAGGAGGACACCGAUGAGGACACCGAUGACCACCCGCGGCAGUAA